UGCUUUUUACUUUUUAGCGGCGUUCUUCUCACUUUCGUUUUGCGAGUGCUUCUCCGCUUUGUUGUCAUUGUUGUUAGUGUUAUUCGAGUUGUUCGUGUUGUUGGUGUUGUUAUUGUGACGUCCAAUUAUGCAUGGUAAAUUGCAUUUGAGUGCAGCGCUGCCGCUGCUGCUGCUCGCUGCCGCUGGCCUUUGCCUGGCGCACGCCGCGAUUCUCAAAUUACCAACAGACGAUUUAAAGACGCCGUGGGAACUAAUCGAGGCACUUUACGGUAGCUCCGGCCUGCGGGGCUUCAAUGGCACCUGGAUAACAGAUGAGGAAUUCUAUUACACUGCCAGCGAUAAAUCUAUACACAAAUACAAUGCGGCCACCAAGACGGAUACAAUAUUUUUGGAAUCCACAUUUUUGAAUUCCUACAGUGGCGCCACAUUUACGCUCUCGGCGGACAAUACGAAAAUUUUGGUGCGUCACAAUUUGACAGAGAAGUUCCGGCACUCGUAUGUGGCCCAAUAUGAUGUCUAUGAUAUUGCCACAAAUACGGCCAUAAAGAUACACAAGGGAGAGAAGUUGCAGUAUUGCGGCUGGUCGCCGCUGAAGGAUCGCUUGGCCUAUGUCUACCAGAACAAUGUGCACAUACAUUUCAAUGAGAAUCUGGAGAUACCCAUUACAGAGGAUGGCAAGGAUGGCAUUGUCUACAAUGGCGUGCCCGAUUGGGUGUACGAAGAGGAGGUGCUGAGCAGCGGCAGUGCGCUCUGGUGGUCAGCGGAUGGCACAAAGCUGGCGGUGGGCUUCUUCAAUGAUACCAAAGUGGAGACCUUUAAGUAUUUCCUGUAUGGCGACGCGGAAAGCGAGUAUUCGCAGUAUCCGCACGAGGAGCAGCUCAAGUAUCCCAAAACAGGCACUUCCAAUCCGGUUGUCUAUCUGCGUGUCUAUGAUCUGUCCAAUGAUGAUCCAACUGUGCAACGCAUCGAGGCGCCGGUUGAUAUUGUGAGCGCUGAUCACAUCUUACAGAAUGUGGUCUGGUCGAAUAACAGCCAUCUGCUCAUCACCUGGAUGAAUCGCCGUCAGAAUCUGUCCUCGCUGCAAAGCUGCAGUCACCAGGGCGCCUGCGUCGAGGUGAAGCGCAUCGAGGAGCCCGACGGCUGGGUGGCCAUGAGCACGCCCAAGUGCCUCGCGAACGGCCUGAACUGCAUAUUUGCCUACUUCAUUGAUAACUGGUAUCAGGUGUGGAAUCUUAAUCUCCAAACGGGCUUUAAUAGCUGGAAAUCGCGCGGAGAAUUCACUGUGCUCAAUGUCUAUGGCUAUGAUGAGGCCAAUGAUAAGCUUUAUUAUCAGGCCACGCAGGUGGGUGAUCCGGCGCAAUACCAUGUAUAUAGUAACAACGACUGCCUGAGCUGCGACAAGGUGGACGUGGAUGGAACGCUGUGUCGCUCCGCUAGCGCCACAUUUAGCAAAUCCUACUCCUACUACACGCUUACCUGCACCGGGCCCAAUCCGUCGUACACAGAAAUUCUGGAGACUGGCGCACACAAAAAGAUCGUCGACUGGGAGCUGAAUAGCGCGUAUCGUGCAAACUUGGAGACCAAGCUGCGUCCCAGCUAUCGCUUUAUCAACGUCACCCUGGCGGAUGGCAGCACUGGCAUUGCCAAGCUGGCGUUGCCACCUAAUUUCGAUGAGAACAAAAAAUAUCCCCUGAUUGUGGUCGUUUAUGGUGGUCCGAAUUCAGUGCGCGUUACAAAUGCUUUUACACUCGGCUAUGAGGCGUUUGUUACCACCACCAGAGACACUAUCUACGCCUAUAUCGAUGGGCGUGGCACUGGCAAUAAGGGCAAAGAACUGUUGUUCUCGGUCAACAAUGAUUUGGGUGAUCAUGAGGUGGAGGAUCAGCUAUUAGUCACCAGCUGGCUACAGAAAAAUCUGAGCUAUGUGGAUCGCGAACGCACAGGCAUUUGGGGCUGGAGCUACGGGGGAUAUAUGACAGCGAAGACUUUGGAGAAGGACGAUGAGAACAUCUUUCAAUGUGGUGUUUCCGUGGCGCCAGUCACCUCCUGGCUGUAUUAUGAUACCAUCUAUACGGAGCGUUACAUGGGGCUGCCCACAGUGGAGGACAAUCUGAUCAAGUAUAAUGAGAGCAGCGUUUUUGGUCAGUUGGAUAACUUUAAGACCCAUGACUUUCUGCUAAUUCAUGGCUCCGGCGAUGAUAAUGUGCACUAUCAACAUUCCCUGCUGUUGGCCAAACUCCUACAAAGGGCCGACAUUGCAUUUGAGGAGCAGACCUACACCGAUGAGAACCAUAGCAUUGGCAAUGCAUUGCCGCAUUUGUAUCAUACCAUUGAUCGUUUCUGGAUCAACUGCCUUAGCAUGAAUGUAACUGAGAGUUAAACUAUGCCAAAAGCCUGUCUAGUCAACGAAAGUUUUUAUAUUUGUAAAUUUUGCUUUAAAGCAACGUAACAUUCCAGUGUACAUU